AUGGCAGAAACAUGCAUUGUCUGCCUCGGUGACCUUCGCACCACAUACGACGAAGAUCCUCCACCACAGGCGGGAACCGCUGCGCCAAGUGCUGAUGCCAGCAAGGGCGCUAACGCCAAGACUACCAUAAUGUCCAAUGCCAAAAGAUCGAUACGAUAUUCGCCGGAUGAGCUUGGAAGGCCAUGGGUUGAGCGAGCCAACAGCUGUCCGAUAUGCCGCACAACUUUCAACGUGGUCGAAAUCAGUCGCACGAUCGGCGGAACUGUGGUUGACAGCUACCCCGUCCAGGACAAAACGCAAGAGGCGGAGAUCGAUGCCAGUAUGGUGGUGGAGGAUGAACUAUUUGCAGUCGAAGCAUGGGAACCUUGCAUCGUGUGUGGCUUCGACGACGCUCCUGAUGUGUGGUACUGUGAAACAUGUCUGGUAGAUUUGGAGAAUGAUGCAGAUCUGCCAGGUCUUGCAUCGGCUGCUCGUGGUCGACGUCGAAGACAGCGCGGCGCACAUAAUAACGGUAACGGCAACGGCAACCGCGGCGCUCCUCGUCGACGCCGCAACAACGACGCAAUCUGGGCUCGAGUAUGGCAGGAAGUUUCACGCCGGCUUGACCUUGAUCUCGACUUUCCUUUUGACGAGGAGGUAGAGGAUCCUCGACGUACUGCCGAGAACCGGCGCGAAUUCCGACGAUGGCAAGAACGCUUCGAGGUUGCCAGCCGAGUGGGAGCAACGAACAGACUUCGAGGUAUCGCCCAAGCCAGCCUGAACAGUAGUCAUGUUCCACCGCAGCGCAAUCCCGAAUCUCAAGAAGAGAUCCGCGCUUGGAAUGCGUUCGAUAAGGCACGAGAUUCGCAAGAUGCGCCGGUGAACCUCAGGCGUCGGAAGCGCCGCGCCACACAAUCUCCUGCAUCACCAUCAGAACCCGAGCAACAGGCAGAACAACCUCAGCUUAAGCGGCCCAGAUUAAAGCGACCACCAGCUGACAACCAAGCGGAGUCGUCCAACGCAGCGGCCAGAAGGAACGCGGAAGAACCGACGUUUCUCUCCUCGCUCCUCCGCGAAGUCGAAAAUAAGCCAAUGUCGGCAUCUUCUCCCGCAACCUCGGAUCACAUCUAUGAACAGUUUUCACCAGCACGCUCGCCAGAAUCAUCAGAGCCUGGAACGCCCAAAGCUGUCACGCCGCCACCACAUCGACCUCUAUCGCCGCCGCUAUCCUCAGCUGUAGUUCCAGCACCGUCAUCUAUUGCGGCCACUUUCUCACCCUUCUCACCGACCACGACGCGUGACGAUGUUGUUCGAUCUCGUGGUCGUCGACGUCGGGAAUUGGAUGAGCGCGAAGGCAGAGACGAUGAUUCGGACCACCAACGUGCAUCAUCGCAUUCUCCUUCGCGGGGUCUUUCCUACCCGGCUAAGCAAGAAAUCCAGCGGAUGGUGAAGCUUGCCUUAGGCAGUCGAUACCGUGAUAAUCAGAUCACCAAAGAUCAAUACACUGAUAUCAACCGAGACGUCUCGAGAAAGUUAUAUGAACUGAUUCCGAGCGCAACAUCACUUGCAGAUCAGGGAGAAAGAGAGAGGCUACAGAGCGUAGCAAACGACGAGGUGCAGAAAGCAGUGACUGCGCUCUCGGCGGCCAGUCCGGCGCCUGAAGAAACGCCGCCGGGAUAGAAACCACAGUCAUUGGUUUGAGCUCGGAGUUAAAUGGGGAUGACUGCGAAUAGAUACCCUCUUACGACAGCGAUGAAGCGACGGAUUUUGCAUUUCUGUAAAUACCCUCAGCAUGAGACACGAAGAAACAUAUUGCUGGGUCUGUCCAUAGCGGCGACCAGCUCGCAUUG